AUGGUGGUAGGCGCACUUUUGGCCAUUGCGGGCGCGUCUACAGCAGCUGCAACAAGUGGCUUGCCUGAUGCAGAGUGCUGGCAAGACGAUUUCAACGAGGAAUUUUGCUGUGGUGAUCGCUGGGGGCUGACCGGAAAUCCUGCAUGCUGGAAUGAGGAGUUUACCUACCUCCGUUGCUGUGGCAUCGACAAGCUGCCACGAAGGCCGGACGAUGACACCAAGUGGGAGGCAUCGACGGCAGGAAUUGAACUGGAGGAUGGUGGCGAAUACGACUUCAUAGUGGUUGGCGCUGGCUCCGCUGGUAGUGCCGUUGCAUCUCGGUUGGCUGCCGCAGACACCGUCGAUGGACAGCCAUGGCGUGUUCUCAUCCUCGAGGCCGGUUCCUGGAGUGUUUCGGAGGAGGUAGCGGAUCCCGAUCGCAGUGCGCAAAAGAAGGAAGCGUGGUGGCCGGCAUUGGAGGUGAACUGGAGCGUUGGAAGGGAGGGAAGGACGUGGACAUAUGCGACCGGUCGAGGUGUUGGGGGAACUGCCAGUGUCAACUCAAUGAUCUACACGCGAGGAUCCAUCUUCGAGUACGAGGCCUUUGGAUGGUCCGUCGAUGAAGUCCUGAGCGCCUUCAAGAACUUGGAGGCACCUAUGGAAGCUCCCGGCUUCAAGCCAGACCCACAUUACCAUCGACCGCUGCCCACAGGUGGACUCGAAGACCUGGGCUCCAAUCUGCCGGGCAGUCACCUGACCUUGGUGUCUGCUUUUCCCGAGGAACUUCCUCCUCUCUUCCGAAGUUUGAUUGCUGCCUUCGAAGGCAUUCGUGUGCCCUUCAGGGCGGAUCCCCAUGGCAAUGCAACGAACCAGGGCAUCGGUGGGAUGUGGCGCUCCAUGGGUUGUGGGCACCCGCGGUGUCAGCCGACUCGAAUUUCCCGCGUGACGGCUGCUCGCGGGAGACCUCGAUCAACCACAUACAAGGAUCUGGCAGCCCCCUUUCAUGGCUCGCCUGCGCACAGGCUGGAGACGCUGACUCAUGCCUUUGCAGAGCGCAUCAGCUUUGACGGCAACAAGGCUGUUGGUGUGGAGAUCUCGGUGACUUCUGACGAUGCUCCUCAGGUGGUUCAGCGUCGCCUCCGAAUUCGGGCCAAGCACGAGGUCAUCAUAGCAGCAGGUGUCCUCGCCACUCCGAAGUUGCUCACGUUGUCCGGUGUGGCCGAACCUAAGGAGCUCGCUCGACUGGGUGUUCCCGUGAUCGCCAGCUCGCCUUCUGUCAGCCGCCACUUCCACGAGCACGUGGGGUUGUCAAUUGUAGCGCAUACCAACGUCCCGUGUCCGGAAGGGUAUCACCUCAGCGAAGAUGGACAAACAACGACGCAUCUGGGAAACACGGACCAGUUCAUUGGACAACUCUACGCUUUCCUCAAUGCCACGGACAAUCGACCGGGUGAGCCUGGUCCAGUGGACGCUGAGGUUAUGUUGCUGGAGGGCUGCCUCGAAGGCCAUCUCAGCUUGACUUUCACGAUCAUUUUGCUGCAAGCGCGUACACGUGGAAGGCUUGUCGUGCAGUCUCGACACCCGAUGGCCUCGCCCCAUCUCGACUACAAGCCCCUGAGCAACAGCGAUGACAUUCAGGUAAUCGCGAACACCAUUCGCCUCCUGUAUCAGGGUGUUUUCGCCUCGGAGCAGAUGGCUCCUUUCGAGCUGGGCAUCAGUCCCGGUGUGGAGGUGGUUGCAGACUUCCAGAAGUUGGCGCAAUGGAUUCGCGCCAACAUCUACUACUACUCCCACCCCACUGGGCUGGGUGCUGAUCCGGAUGCAUCCGAGAUGGACCUGCGGCAGUGCUUCCUUCGCAAAGCAGUGGAAGUUCAUCCCGCUACGCUCAGGGUGCACAGAUCCAGCGAGCUUUCAACAGACGUUGAGCCCUUCUGCAAGGUGGCUGCUGCCUGGACAGAACUCCGCGAUCUAGGCUCACGGUGGCGAUAUGAUAUGGAACUGCAAGCAGGUCGUGGACGUGUGUCGCAGGAUGGGACCCACCGGGCACCACCCAUGGACCUUGAAAAGGCCUUGGGAGUCUUUGCUUUCGAGACCUGGGUCUGCGAAAAGAGCGUCAAUCAGGUGGCACAAGACUUCGCUCCGGUCCUGGAGCUGGCGCAUCAGCUCGUAGAUGAGCAGAGCGACACCAAGAGACACGUGCUUCCUGACAGUCAGGUGACGCCAACAACAGUGGCUUGUGGUAUGGCUGUGUCGGCUGGACUGUUGGCUGCUGGCUGCGUUGCCAGUGCUGCGGGAUAUCCUGCACUAGGCUCCUGUGUCCGAAAGGGCGCUCUCUUCCAGGGUGCCAGUCAGGCAGCAAGCGGAUUCAAUUCCUUGCGAAGUGAUGACAUCCAGGCAGCUUUGUGUUCAAACUCAUCGACACUUUUCUUGUCCUGCUAA